GAGCGCAGCCGGCGGGGCGGGCGGGCGGAAGUGCGCCGCGCCUCUCCCCCGGAAGUGAUUCUCUUUCCGGAAGUCGCGCCUUCCGCCGCUUGGUCUCUUUUCGCCGCCAUCUUGGGCUCCGCUUCCCGUACAAAAUGCCUGGCGAAGCUACAGAAACCGUCCCGGCCACAGAGCAGGAGCUGCCGCAGCCACAGGCCGAGACAGUUCCAGCUGCCCUCCCUCCUGCAGCCCCUGCUGCCACUUCUCCUGCCGCAGCGCCAGCUGUUCUUCCUGCCGCUCAUUCCCUGCCUCUGACUCCAGCCGUGGGCCCAGCUGCCCAGGCUGUUCCCACGGAGCCGCCCAGCUCUGCCCCAGCCGUGCCCCCAGCCCCUCUCUCCCCUGCUGUGGUCCCAGCUGCAGCAAUUCCUGUCUUCUCUGCCCCUCCCCAGCCCUCUGCCGCAGCUCUGCCCCUCCCAGUUACUUCUUCCCCUCCUCCAGCUCCAGUUCCACCAUCCCCAACUGGUUUUGCUGCCCAAGGUUCUCCAGGGCCUGCUGCUGUCCCAGUCAGCCCAGUGUCUCCAGGACUCCCAGUCCCAGCGUCUCCAGUUCUGGCUGCUCUUCCUGCUGCAGGACAGGCAGCCCCCCCGGCAGCCCCCCCAUCUCCAGCGAGUCUCGGCUGUCUCCCAGCUGCUCUUACGCCUCCUGUGAAAGUCUCUACUCCUCCCAGCCCCGCAGGAGCCACAGCGGCCCCUCACCCUGCGCCUCCCAGGAGCCCCGAGGCAGCCCCAGCUGCUCUGCCACCUCCCCUGGCAGCAGCCCCUGCAGGUGCCGCAGCUCUUCCCCAGAGCCCCCCUGCGAUGCCAGUGCACCCUGCUGCACCUCUGCCCCCUCCAGCUGCCCCGCUGAGCCCAGCCCUGGCAGCCACCAUCUCCCCACCCAUCUUCCUGUCUGCCCCCAUGGCGCUGGCCCCUCUGCUGCCAGGUGGCACAGUCCCCUGCAGCGCUGCUGCUCCCCUGCGGGGCCCUGUGUCUGGGACUCCCAUCUGUCCGCUGGCUCCGGCUGCUCCUCCCGGGACCCUGACCUGUCCUGUGGGCCCUGCCCUGGCAGCCCCUGGCUCCCCCGCAGGUCCCCAUUCUGUGGCCAGGCCCCCCCCUGCGAGCCCGAUUCCUGUGUCAGCCCCUGUCCUGCUCAGCCCAUCCCCAGCAGCUGCCUUGUCCCCCUCAGGGCCGCCACCAGCAUCAGCAGCUCCCGUUAAAGCAGCUCCAGUGACCCCUGUCUCACUGCCAGCUGCUGUGACUGCUGCUCCUGCCAGUCCCCUGCCUGUCACAUCAGCGAUGGCAGCUCCAGCCACCCCUCCUACGGCCAAAGGAGCACCCCAGAGCCCACUGCCUGCUCCACUGACUCCCUCUGCCCCUGCUGCACCAGCUCCUGUGGUUCCUCCAGCCUCUGCUGCCACCAAAGCAGCAGCCCACAGCCCAGUCACCAGCUCGUCCGCCUCUGCUGCUGUGGUUUCUGCAGCUACCCCUGGUGCCACAAAAGCAGCUCCACAGAGUCCUGCUGCUGCCACUCCAACCCCUGCAGCUGCCCCUGCUGCCACCAAAGCAGCUCCCCAGAGUCCUGCUGCCACUCCAGCUCCUGCAGCUGCCCCUGCUGCCACCAAAGCAGCUCCCCAGAGUCCUGCUGCUGCCACUCCAGCUCCUGCAGCUGCCCCUGCUGCCACCAAAGCAGCUCCCCAGAGUCCUGCUGCUGCCACUCCAGCUCCUGCAGCUGCCCCUGCUGCCACCAAAGCAGCUCCCCAGAGUCCUGCUGCCACUCCAGCUCCUGCAGCUGCCCCUGCUGCCACCAAAGCAGCUCCCCAGAGCCCAGUCACUACGCCCUCUGUCUCUGCUGCUGCAGUUCCUGCAGCUCCCCAAGCUGCAGCUGCCCCUGCUGCCAACAAAGUGGCUUCCCAGAGCCCUGUUACUGCUGCACCAGCUCCUGCAGUUCCUCCAGCAGCCCCCUCUGCAGCCAAAGCAGCUCCUGGGAGCCCAGCUGCUGCCCCCUCUGUCCCUGCCAGCUCCCCGCCUGUCACACCUGUGCUGGCAGCUCCAGCUGCACCCCCUGCAGGCAAGAAGUCCCCAAAGAGCUCCGCUGCUGCCACAUCGUCUCCCUCUGCUGCAGCAGCUCCGCCAAGUCCUGCAGCUCCAGCUGCCCCCACUGCAGCCAAAAAGCCCCCAAAGAGCUCUGCUGCUACCCCCUCUGCCUCUGCUGCACCAGCCCAAGCUGCAGCCAAAAAGCCCCCCAAGAGCCCUGCUGCUGCCCAGGCUGCUCCCUCUGCUCCUGCCACAGCUCCACCAGCUCCAGCGGCCCCCCCUGCGGCCAAAAAGCCCCCAAAGAGCCCCACUGCUGCCCCAUCUGCUCCCCCUGCCCCUGCAGCUCCAGCAUCUUCAGCUGCAGCCAAAGCACCUCCCAAGAGCCCCACUGCCACCCAGUCUAAUUCCUCUGCCCCUGCUGCACCCAAAGCACCUCCCAAGAACCCCGCUGCUGCCACGGCAGCCCCUGCUGCUCCCUCUGCCCCCCCUGCAGCCAAGGCAGCUCCUGCCAGCCCGGCAGCCCCUGGCACGCUGCCUCCGGCUCCAGGUGCUGCUGCCUCAGCCCCGGGGGCUCCUGGUGCCCUCCCAAAGCCAGCAGCCGAUCGUGCUGCCCCCGCACCCCAGAAAACAGAGGCCACCCCUCCUGCCUCUUCUGUGCCGAACGCUGCCCCUGCCAAGAAGCAGCCCCCCACCAAUAAAGGCAGCAAGCAGGCCCCACGUCCGUCCCCAAGCAAGCCUCCCGUGAAGGCCCCCGUUCCCGCCAGUGCUGCAGUUGAUGACGAUGAUGACCUGCCCCCCCUGAUCCCCCCCGAGGUGCCCGCUGCCGAGCCGCCGCUGCAGCCCAUCCUGGUGGACCUCUCUCCCCGAGCAGCCGAGGCCCCCGCUCCUAAGCAGCCCAUGGUGAAGAACGACAAGGGUACUGCUGGGUCCGGAACAGAGUCUGACAGCGAUGAGUCUGUACCAGAGCUCGAAGAGCACGACUCCACACAGGCCACGACACAGCAGGCACAGCUUGCAGCAGCAGCUGAAAUAGAUGAAGAACCUGUUAGCAAAGCAAAACAGAGCCGGAGUGAAAAGAAAGCACGGAAGGCAAUGUCUAAACUCGGCCUCCGCCAGGUCACAGGAGUAACCAGAGUCACCAUCCGCAAAUCCAAGAACAUCCUCUUUGUCAUCACAAAACCAGACGUGUACAAGAGCCCAGCAUCAGACACCUAUAUAGUCUUUGGAGAAGCAAAGAUUGAAGACUUGUCCCAGCAGGCCCAGCUGGCAGCUGCCGAAAAGUUCAAAGUGCAAGGAGAAGCUGUGUCAAACAUCCAAGAAAACACACAGACUCCCACCGUGCAGGAGGAGAGCGAGGAAGAAGAGGUUGACGAAACCGGUGUGGAGGUGAAAGACAUCGAGCUGGUCAUGUCCCAGGCCAACGUGUCCCGAGCAAAGGCAGUCCGCGCCCUGAAGAACAACAGCAACGACAUCGUAAACGCUAUAAUGGAGUUGACGAUGUAGCCGUCCAGAUGGAGGAGCCUAUUUUUUUUUUUUUUGGUAUUUCAGAGAAGAGUUAAAGGAACCUAAAUUUAAAAUUUGUACUGUUUCUAUCAGUUAAUAAAAGUUAAUUGAUAGAGCCGCA